CCUGCAGCGCCGGCUCGCAGCCCCACGGCCGCCUCUUCCCUCGCAGCAAAAGGGCGUCGGGAUGAACGAGCCGCUGGUUGACGCGGAGGGCUUCCCCCGCGACGACAUCGACCUCUACCAAGUGCGCACCGCUCGGCACAACAUCAUCUGUUUGCAGAAUGAUCACAAGGCCCUGAUGAAGCAGGUGGAGGAAGCUCUUCACCAGCUGCAUGCCCGGGAGAAGGAGAAGCAUGCCAGGGAUGAGGCGGAGGCGUUGGCCGAGGCGAUGAGCCAGACCCAGAGCCUGCCACAGGCUUUUGCCAAAGUGAACGCAGUGACUGCAGGAUCUCCUGCAAGUAUCUCGGGGCUUCAGGUUGACGAUGAGAUUGUGGAGUUUGGUUCUGUCAAUGUAAACAACUUCCAGAACCUGCAGAACAUUGCCACGGUGGUGCAGCACAGCGAAGGGAGACCCCUGAGUGUGACUGUGAUCCGUAGCGGCAAAAAAGUGCACGUGGGGCUGACUCCGAAGCGCUGGGCCGGGAAGGGCCUCCUGGGCUGCAAUAUCAUUCCCUUGCAAAGAUGACCAUUGCUUGGAAAACAAUAAAGCUGAAGCUUGUGCCUGCUUUCUGGGCUCUGAUCUGGUUUGAAAACUUCCCUAUGUGUUUUUGCUGAAAGAAACGUUUCCGAGGCUGUGACCUCUAGGUGCCUGACUCGCUGAGUCUGAGGAGGUUCUG